AUGGCGCGCGGAAUAGUGGAGGCGGAAGACAGCGGGGGGAAGGUAGAGGGGAGUGGGGGGGAGAUGGCGGUGGCGGAGGAGGAGUGGGGGGAGCUGUGGAAGGGGUGUGGCGGAGGGGAGGGCGGGGAAGUGGGGGGAGAGACAGAGGAGAUGGACUGGGCGGGGAAUGGAUGGUUGGCAGAUACUCAGAUUGUGGGGGAGGACGAGACGCAGGUGUAUGGUUAUGGUGGGAGUUGGAGCCCUAGUAAGUGUGGGAAUGAUAAGGAAAAAGAAAAGGGGAAUGAUUCGAGUUUGGUUGUUGCUGGGGGGGGACCAGGGAAGGUGACAGAGAAAGGGUUAGAGAGGAAAGGAGAACAGGCGGAGGGUGGGCUGGGGGAAAGAGUAGAGCAGGGACGGGAGGAGGAGAGGCAAGAGGAGGAGAGGCGAGAAGCGGAGAGGCGAGAAGCAGGGAAGAAGCAAGAGGAGGGGGGACGGAGAGAGGAGGUGGAAGUGGAAGGGGUGGAGCAGAGGAGAGGAGAGGAGGAGGAGACAGAUAAGGGGGUGACCCGAGAAAAGGGUGGGAAGCAAGGAGAGGAGGGGCCGGAAGAGGAGGAGGAAUCGCCUGUGAGUUUCAAAGGCAGAGGAGAGGACACGCAGGUGGACGCGCUCGGUAUAGUCACACGCCUGCUGGGCUCCGACAGCCAGCACAGCAGCGACGUGCUUCUAAAGGGCGGUGCUCUUAGCGGGCUGCUGUUGGGGGGAGUGGGUGGAGGCAUGGGGGGAGUGGCUGGGGGCGACAAGGGGGGUGACAGCAAGGGCAGUGGGGCAGGAGGUACGAGCAAGGGAAGGGAGGUACCUAGCUGGGCUAACUGGCUCAAGCCCGUGGGGAAGGCAGGAGGGACGGUGGCUGAAGGUCAACUCGUUGCUCCUAGUGUGCAGCAGCCAUUGAAGGCUGUGUUGAGGGACGAUGGGGUGGAUCCGUAUGCGCUGCCUUAUAGUGAGGACCCGGAGGAGGAAGUGAAGUGUGGAGGGGGAGAUGGGGUGGAUGAAGAGGAAGAGGAGAAGGAGGAGGAGGAGGAAGAGGAUGCUCGGAAAGGGAAGGGGAAGAGGACGCGCGGAGGGGCAAAGGGUAAGGGGAGAGGAAGAGGAAGAGGGAGAGGGGGGAGAGGAGGGGGAAAGACAAGGGGGAGAGGCAAAGGGACGAGAGGGGCAGGUAGCGGUGAGGGUAUGGAAGAGGAGAAAGAGGAGGAGCAAGAAGAGGCUUAUGGGAUGGAGGUGGUGCAGCAGGAGGGCAGAACGGGCAAGAAGGGCAGGUCAGGGAGUGGUGGGCGUGGUUCAGGUGCUGCAGGGCGUGGGGGGAAGAGAGGGAGAGGGGCAGGGAAAGAUGAAGAGGAGGAAGAGGAGGAGGAGGAAGAGGAGGAGGAAGAAGAGACGGUUGUCGAAGUCUUGGAGGGCAGGAGAGGGCCUCCUGUGGAAAGCCAGGAAGGAGGACCGCUGAACACGAGCUUGGGUCUGGGCGAAGCAGCUGGUGUUGGAAAUGCGGAUCUGAGCGAACCAGUUUCUGUGGGAGCAACAGGCGGGCAGGUGCAGGGAGCAGAAGACGCGGAUGGGAUGCCAUUUGAUUCCCAGGCGGUCUGGAUGGACUCGCAAGCGGUUGAGAUGGGUGCGGGGGGGAGCCUGGGCGUGCAGGUGAGCUUGGGGGAGGUGUUAACUGCGGACCUGGAGAUGUCCCAACGGUGGACGGAAGGGGGAGAGGGCGGGGGAAGGGGCGAGGAGGGUGAGAGGGGGGGUGAGUGGGUGGAUGAGAAGGGGGGUGGGGAUGAAAGGAAGGUUGAUGGGGAUGAGCGCAGACGUGGAAAGGAGGGCAAGGAUGGUGGGGAGGGGGAAAAGGAUGGUGGGGAGGGGGAAAAUGAUGGUGGGGAGGGGGAAAAGGAUGGUGGGGAGGGGGAAAAGGAUUUCAGGGAGGGUGAAAAGGAUAGGGAGGGUGAAAAGGAUGGUGGGGAGGGGGAAAAGGAUGGUGGGGAGGGGGAAAAGGAUGAUGGGGAGGUGGAAAAGGAUUGUGGGGAGGGGAAAAAGGAUGAUGGGGAGGUGGAAAAGGAUUGUGGGGAGGGGGAAAAGGAUUGUGGGGAGGGGAAAAAGGAUGAUGGGGAGGUGGAAAAGGAUUGUGGGGAGGGGGAAAAGGAUUGUGGGGAGGGGAAAAAGGAUGAUGGGGAGGUGGAAAAGGAUUGUGGGGAGGGGGAAAAGGAUUGUGGGGAGGGGGAAAAGGAUUGUGGGGAGGGGGAAAAGGAUUGUGGGGAGGGGGAAAAGGAUUGUGGGGAGGGGAAAAAGGAUUGUGGGGAGGGGGAAAAGGAUUGUGGGGAGGGGAAAAAGGAUUGUGGGGAGGGGGAAAAGGAUGGUGAAGAGAGGGGCAAGGGUGGUGGGGCGAGGGGCAAGGUGAGUGGGAAGUCGGAUGCAGGUUUGGCUUCAGUGGAAAGCGGGGAAGGUGAUGGAGUGAAUAAGGACGGGCGGAGGGAGGAAGGGGCAACGGUGAAAGGGAGGUGA